UAUGUCUGGUCCAAGCAGCACGGCUUCCUCUUCUUCUACGUCGCCCCGGCUCACCGCCGGCGUCGUCAGCUUCUUGGCCCGCCGCGCCAUGACCACGCAGAACCACCAAAGAGCAGCAGCAUUCCUCCACUCGCCAGGCUCCUCCACCGGCUCCGCCGACACUGCGCCAUGGCACCACCGCGCCCCUGCCACGCCGCCGCCUCUGCUCCCGUUCGACGCCAACGACGCCGACGAGAUGCUCCUGCUCGACAUGCUCUCCCAGCACCAGCAGGAGGACAUGCACACCGCGACAGCGCCCGUCCCCGCCACGACGGCGGCAACGGCCGUGAAGCGAGAAGCCAGGGAAGAGGAGGAGGAGGCCAAGGUGGCCGUCGGUGGCAGUGGGCGCGCGUUCCGCGGGGUGCGGAAGCGUCCGUGGGGCAAGUUUGCGGCGGAGAUCCGGGACUCGACGCGGAACGGCGUCCGGGUGUGGCUGGGCACGUUCGACAGCCCGGAGGCGGCGGCGCUCGCGUACGACCAGGCCGCCUUCGCGAUGCGGGGCGGCGCGGCCGUGCUCAAUUUCCCCGCCGACCAGGUCCGGCGCUCGCUCGAGGGCGCAGAGGACGACGUGUGCGGCCGCGCCGACGGGUUGUCACCCGUGCUGGCGCUGAAGCGGCGGCACUCCAUGCAUAGGCGGGCGGCGACAAAACGAAAGGCCAUGCCCGCACGGCCGGGCCGGCCGGAGGGCGUGAUGGAGCUUGAGGACCUCGGCGCAGAAUACCUCGAGGAGCUGCUCGGCGCCUCCGACGACAUGACAACGUCUGCCUCCAAUUCAUGGUGCUCGAGUUAUCACUCCAUCUGAUUCUCCGGUCUGCGCACUCAGAAAGUUGGCCAUGGCUAGAAGACGAUGGAUUGGUCACUAUCACUACUUGUGUUUUUCUUUCAUGCCUGUUGUGGGUCUCCUUCGCUCCAGAGUUCAGCUGCAGUAGAUUAGCUUCGAUCAUUAGCUUCCUUAGCAGUGAGAAAUGAUUGUGGGAAUCGUCGGUUGUGCACGUUUUUAAGCUUCAAUAUUCGGGUUUGAAUUCAGUCAAAA